CUCGAUUAUGUUGUUUUUUGGGUUAUGGGAUUACACAAAAAGGAUAUCGUUGUUGGGGUUUUGUGUCACAAAAACUCCAAGUUUCACGUCAUGUUGUCUUUUGGGGACACACUAUGUUCUCAUCGUUGUCAAACUUCAAGGUGUCAUCCUCUCAUCAACCUCCAUUUUUUUACUAAUUCUUCUAUUGAGCUAUUUCCUAGUGAUUCUGAUACAUGUACAUCUGAUGAACUCUACAAUGCCUCACCACAUGCUCCAACUAGUUCUGUAGAAGAUGAUUUGCUUGUUGGUAAUGCAUUAGAUAAUUCUGAGCCUUCUUUUACUUCCUCAUCUGUAUCACAUGUUGAUGUUGCAUUUGAGCUUAUUGUCCCAUCCUUGAGUAAUCUUACUCAAGCUCUUGAGAACACUCGUAUAUGGGAUUUAGUUGAUCUCCUUGUUGAAAAGUCUCUAAUAGGCUGUAAAUGGGUGUAUAAGAUCAAAACAAGAUCUGAUGGUUCUAUGGAAUGCUAUAAGGCAUGCUUGGUUGCCAAGGGUUUUAUACAAGAGUAUGGAAUAGACUAUAAGGAAAUAUUUGCUCCAGUUGCUCAUCUCACAUUUGUGCACAUUUUUUAUAUGAAACCACCUCCUGGGCUUACCCAUCCUCCAAACAAGGUAUGCCGAUUGCAACGUGCAUUAUACGGGUUGAAGCAAUCCCCUCGAGCCUGGUAUGCCAAGUUUAGUGCUAUUAUGAGUGAGCUUGGUUUUACUUCCAGUCCACAUGAUACAACUUUUUUCAUUCGUAAAACUGCUCGGGGUAUGGUUCUUUUACUUCUUUAUGUUGACGACAUGAUUAUUAUUAGAGAUGAUGUCGCAAGUGUUGAGGAGCUAAAACAAUCUCUCAGUCAGAAAUUUGAGAUGAAAGAUUUUAGUGUUCUGAGCUAUUUCCUUUGGCUUGAAGUCACCUUUUCAAAUGAUGGCUACCUGCUUUCUCAAGUAAAGUAUGCCUCUGAUCUUGUUUCCAAAGCUGAACCCAAUGAUGGUGAGAGUGUUUCUAAACCUCUUGAACCUAAUGUCAAGCUUACACCUAUGGAUGGCUCUCCACUUUUUGAUCCUACUUGUUAUCUGCAAUUGUUUAUGGCUGCUCCUCGCUCCACUCAUUGUGCAACAGUACUUCGCAUUCUUCACUAUGUUAAGGAAACAUUAUUUCAUGGACUCCAUUUUUCUACCAACUCCUUUCCUGUGGUUCGCGCUUACUCUGAUGUUGAUUGGGCUGGUUAUCCUUCUAAUCGUCGAUCUACCACUAGCUACUAUCUUUUCCUUGGUAAUUCUCUUAUCUCUUGGCGGAGUAAGAAACAAACUAUUCCAUCUCGCUCUAGUAUUGAAGAUGAGUACAGAGCUCUUGGUGAUACCACAUCAGAACUUCUUUCAUUACAGCGGCUUCUUGAAGAUAUGGGCAUUCCUCAACAUUCUUCUACUGAAUUAUAUUGUGAUAAUCAAAGUGCUAUGUAGAUUGCUCAUAAUGAUGUCUUCCAUGAACGCACUAAACACAUUGAGGUUGAUUGUCACUUUAUUCGCCAUCAUGUUGCACAAGGAACUGUUCAUUUGGUUUUUAUUAACUCUAUUGAUCAACUAGUAGACCUCUUUACCAAGCCUCAUUUUCUUGGACGCUUUUGUACUUUUCUUUCCAAACUCAAGGUGGUUGUGAUGAAACCAACUUGAGUUUGAGGUGAGAUAUUAAAACGUGAACACAAUU